GUGCAAAUAGAAGUUCCGUCAGUUGCAUCGUUCCAUUGCCCUCUCUCCAUUCGUAACCUGUGAGUGUAAGAAAGCAACGGCAGAUCAGGAGAACUGUAGGUGAUGCUAAUUUCGUGCUUUGGGGUAUGAGGUAUACGAGAAUCUUCGCAAAAUAUUGAGGAAAUGUCUUUCUUGAAGCAUCUUCAGCAUGCUGUGGAAUCCUACUUUUUCGUAGUGCAGUUGUCCAGAUCUGCUACCUUUUCAGAAAUCUUCAGCUACACAGCUUGCCGACAGGUGUUGCAACUGUUCUUGGCAUUAAUUUUCUUCCAUGUAUCUGAAUACUUUCUGGCAAUUUCCUUCCACGGGAGAUCAAAUGUGACGCUGAGGUCUCUUUUGUUUUCCAAAAGUUAUAUUCUGGCUAUGACUUUUGCACUCCUGGAGUACUGUUUGGAAGUUUACUUCUUCCCUGGGUUAAAGGAACACUGGUGGAUCAGCAACAUUGGACUUGCAAUACUUGUAAUGGGGGAAGUCAUACGGAAGAUGGCGAUUAUAACAGCUGGUCAGGCCUUCACUCAUCUUAUUAAGAUUUAUCACGAGGAGCAUCACAAAUUAGUCACUAGUGGAGUCUAUAGCUUUGUUCGUCAUCCAGGAUAUUGUGGGUUUUUCAUUUGGUCGAUUGGCACUCAGAUAAUGAUGUGCAAUCCGAUAUCAACAGUUGCAUUUGCCGUAGUUGUUUGGAGCUUCUUUGCGAGACGGAUACCGUAUGAGGAGUAUUUCUUGAGGCAGUUUUUUGGGUCAGAGUAUGAUGAAUAUGCCCGUCGGGUUCCUUCUGGUGUUCCAUUUGUGAAAUAAGAAUCUACAGUUAUUGUGAAGUGGGAGAUCAAUCUUCUUGCGAUUCAGAAAGGGUACGUGGAGGGAGCAUCAAUCAAACUGAUAUCAAGAAGUUAUAGCUAAAAUGUUUAUAAGAUGGAAGCCUUUGGUUUGACGGUAUCACUCCCCCAAUAUAUGAAACUUUGAGUUCUCUUGUUAGUCAGGAUUUUAAUAUGUAUUUAGUGCGUAACUUAUUAAUUCACAUGAAAUCAUGCAUCUUACUGGUUUUUCCA